AUGAUCCACAGACCCUCGUCCUCUCGUACUAUUCUAUCUGCUUGCUUGUGUCUUGUUUCACUUCUCUGUAUCCACUUGUUGUUUUUCACACAUGACAACAACAACAACCAUUCAGUCCUUGCCAACUUUCAUCAAUUCAUUCCAGAUAACGGAAUUUGGGAACAAUAUUAUUUUCAUUUGAAACGUGACUGUUCAGAUCCACCUCUCGCAGUUACUUUGGAUCGAAUGAAUUAUUGUGGAUAUAUUUAUGGUGAUUAUUGCAUUACGAGUUGCACUCAAAAAACCAAAACAUUGAAAUACCAUUGUGAUCCAACUUGUAGUGAUUGUGAAUAUGACUCCCUCGAAAAGGCAAGCUAUGGAACUUGUGAAGUUGUUGAAGACAACCAAGAUCUCAAUGAAAUUGUGAAAUCAAGACUAAGAUUGUCCACGAGUCAACAACGAGGUGGAAAUUAUAAAUAUCAGGCCAUUCGUUCCGUAUGUGGACCUGUUGAUUUGGCCUAUUUCACUAAAAUGGUCCCAUCCAUGUUGUGGAACGUGUUUUUUGAUUCAAGAAAUGGCACAUCCUCUACUAGUAUUACAAUUCCCUUGUCCACAACUAGUGCAGGCAAUAAGGUGGAAGAAAGAAAAUGUUUGAAAUCUCUUGGUGCUCGUGGAGAAGUGAUUAAUAUGUGCAACAAUAUGGAUGGAACGGAAUGGAGAAAUAUUGUAUGCAAUUCUACAUAUUCCACGAGAACAAAUUAUAAUCAAGCUCAAUGUAGUGGUGGUGUGAAAUUUCAAUAUUCUGUGAAAUUGAAUGAGUGCAAUGAAAAGUUUGGAAUGUUCAUUUGUGAUGAAAAGAAUUAA